UCGCCCGCGCCCGCGCCCGCGUCCGCGCCCGCGCUCGGGCCCCCGCCCCGUCUGCCCCAGAGGAACUUUACUAUUUCCUCCCGUUCUUCGGUCAGAAACAGGGAACAAUAUAUUUUCAACGUGUUUGAAGUAAUAGUAAGCACUUUGGAAACAAAGUUACAGAGAAUAGAGAACUUAGACAAAGCUGUUGAACAUCUCAUGCGAAGAGUUGAGGCUUUAGAUUCGCGAGUUAAUGACAAUAUUCAUAAAACCGAUGCUAUAAUAUCUAAAUUAGGAAAUUUGGAUUUAAAACUUUUCAGUCGUUUCGAUGAAGAUGAUAUUGUCACAGAGAAUAUGAACAAAAGAUAUAAUGAUAACAGAAUAAGCAAUACUCAACUUCUUGAUAAAAAACUAGAAUCAUUAGAUCAAAAAGUAUCCGAUAUAGAUUCAAAAUUAGUUGGUCUUAAAACUCAAAUUGAUAAUAACUUCUUACCAGUGGAUGAUAUCAAUGCUGAAGCAAGUGAGAAGAAACCCAUCAAUCUUAAUGUCAUAGAAAUUGCAAAAGGUCUUAAUACUGAAGUGAUAAAUGAAAUAACUAAAGAAGUCGACCAACUUAGAACAUCAAUGUCAACAGUUGAUAGAAAAUUACAAUUUCAUAUUAAUCUCGUAUCGGAAAAUCUUGGUAAAGUUCUUUAUAUGAUGGCUGAUGUUCAUGCUGCAAUAGUCGAGCCGGAGUCUGCUUCAAUAAACAUCAAUAAUAUAUUUAAAAAUCGAACGGCAACAACUCCUUCACCUAUCGCAAAAGCAAGCAAAAUAGAUACUUUGGUAAAUAAGAUUAUACCUAUGAUGAGUGUAUCUGAAAAAAUGGAUGAAGUAUGGGACGUUGUGGUCGGUACGAAGAGUUCAGUUGAUGACUUAGUGCCAAAAUCAGAUGAACUUCUUACACAAACUCAAAGACAAGAACGUGCAAUUGGACAAAUUCACAAUGAUUUGCGUGUUAAAACAAAUCUUAUUAUUGAAAACCUUGACAUGGUUGAGAAACGAUUAAAAAAACAAGAAGAUGAUGUAGCUACCCUCGCUCAGCGUCCAGUGCCCGCGGAACUCUUACUUGAUCCAACUAUAGAUCGACUAGUGGAAUAUGCGCCAAAUAGAUACAGAGUUGAAGAACCUUCAACUGACCCGAGCACGAGCACCGCCGCUUUUACUACACCGGCAACAUCAACAGCAAAUAACAGCCCGAGCAGUCCGAGUAAUUCGAGCGCGAGUCCCACCAGCGCCACGGUGACUGUUACACCGGCAAGCAGUGGGCCCACAAGCCCACGACCCUCCAGCCGCAAAGGCGGAAUCAUCUUUCCCAGUGUUAAAAACAAACCCAUCGUCGGAAACAACACAUUUGCAUCGGAAAUUGUCGCCAAUUAUAAGGACGUUAAAGGUUUCUCCUGUGUGGAUCUACUGAAUGCUGGCAUGCGAGAAUCUGGGGUAUAUUACCUGCAGAUUCGUGGAACAACAUACUGGUUCUUAAAAGUCUUCUGUGAACAAGCUGUAGCCGACGGCGGUUGGACGGUUAUACACCGUCGAGAUGACUAUGGAACUCCAGCUGAAAAUUUCAAUAGAGAUUGGAGCGAUUACAAGAACGGCUUCGGUGACCCAAGCAAAGAGUUCUGGCUUGGAAAUGAAAAUAUAUACAUGCUGACUAAUAACGACGAUUAUAUGCUUCGUGUGGAACUUGAGGACUUUGAUGGUAACAAGAGAUACGCGCAGUAUUCGCACUUCAAGAUUUACUCUGAAGCGGAAUACUACAAACUAGAGAUAGAUGGGUAUGAGGGUAACGCUGGAGACUCCCUCAAUGAUCCGUGGUACGGAUCCAACAACAGUCCCUUUUCGACCUAUAACAGAGAUAAUGACAGAUCGUCAUUAAACUGCGCGUCAAUGCUGAAAGGUGGUUGGUGGUGGAAGUCAUGUGGACGUGGUCUCAACGGCUUAUAUCUUCAUGACCCACAAGAUCUUACAGCCAGACAAGGUAUCGUGUGGUUCCGUUGGAGAGGUUGGGACUACACCCUGAAGAAAGCAUCCAUGAUGAUAAAGCCGAAGGGCAUCCAACCAGCAACGUGAACCCUUCCAAUGUGACUUCAAGAACUAAAACUUUUACUCAGCCUCUGUUUUAUUCGUAUGUGGAUUCUGAACUAAAUUAACUGACACAAAACAGUACUUACGCUUAUUUACGAAAUAUUAUCUCAUCUAGCGUAGUCAUAUUACAAAAUUGUAAUGUUGAGAAAUACCUACCUCGUACCUAUUGUUUCGGUAGGUAUCUAUUUUCUUUUAAUUGUUUAAUAAUAUGUAUUUACUUAAUUAGGCAAAAUGCAUAAAGGCAUAAAAGCUCGCCUUUAAUAAUAAUUGAGAAAUCGAAUCCACGUAACGAACUAGAACAUAGCAGGCAGCUCAUCGUUCAAAUUGAUAUACCUAUAAUUAUUACUUAAUCAUUCAAAUGUCUAUGUAAAUAAUUCCCUUUGACUCAUUAUCACAAAAUCACCAUUGUUGUCUUCGUCAUCAAACCAAUUAUCCCUGUAUUGUAAAUAACAGAACCUGAAUGCGCUAAAUAUGUGCCACAAAACUCCCAAUUUUCAUUAAUUUAUUAUCAUAACUUGAUACAUAUAAAUUCGUUAAUUAGCUUUAUGAUAUUAGUUGUAAGAGAAAGAUAAAAUUAAGAUGUAAAUAAUUGUAAAUUUAUUGUAAUAAUUCAAAUAUUAUUUGGCGAAAUUAAUGUCGCUCCAUAAUCUUCCGUCUCCGUUUGUAAUAAUGUACUCAAG